AUGGAAGAAGGUGUGGAAGGCAAUAUGAUUUCAGUUAUUGUUGGUUAUUUAGCCAGUAAAUUUAAACAAGGUCAAACCAUUUCCGAAGCAGAAAUUAAAGAAAUUGAUACGAUAAUAAAUAAACUAGUAAACCAAACUCAGCAAGCCAAACAAGAAAAAGAUUAUUGA